AUGUCUGGAACGAGCAAAAUUGCGGCAGAGAGAAAUUCGAAGGCGGUAAUCGAUUUGGUGAUGAAACCAGGCAAUGACAUAUGCGCAGAUUGUAAGACCCGAAACCCCCGGUGGUCAUCCCAUAAUUUGGGGAUAUUCAUUUGUGUCAACUGUGCCAGUAUUCAUCGAAAGAUUGGUACCCACAUCUCGAAAGUGAAGAGCUUGACAUUGGAUUCGUGGACGAAGGAGCAAGUAGAAAAUAUGCGUCAGAUCGGAAACAUCAAAUCAAAUCAAUUUUAUAAUCCAGAUGAAGUUCGUAAUCCACCACCGACGAACAUGGUAGACUCUGAGAGGGAUAGUGAAUUGGAGAAAUUUAUUCGUGACAAAUACGAGUUUAAGAAGUUCGUAUCACGUUCUGCCAUCGUCGCAGCGCACCUUGGACCAUCCAGGUCUGCAGCUUCCGUGAAAGCACUUCCUUCUUCAUCUCCACAGCGUUCGCAGACCGCUCCAUUAGGAAACCCAACGGCGUCGUCUGCUCGCCCGCUCACCUCCAGUCAAACUCUACCCCAAAUACCCUCGACGGCCACUCCGCCGUCGACCUUUCAACAUUCUUUACCUAACCGUUCCGCUACUCAACCGCCUUCUGCUUUUCAGCAGCAACAGCAGGCGCAACAAAUGCAGCAGCCGGCAAGCGGCGUUUGGUCCGACCUUGCGGCUCUUCAAGGCCCUGCACAGAACUCGUCGCUUCCUUUACAGUACCAGACAUCGCAACCUCUUGCCCUUCCUAAUCACAACCCAUUUCCUACCGCAGGCACGACACCUUUUGGGAACGGAAUGGGUCUUAGUCCUGGAACGAAUGCUACCGGUAUCUCUCCACAUUUGGCCGUUGGGGGUGGGAUGGGGAUGGGCCCUGGCAUCUCUUCUGGGUUGAGUAUGAACAAUAUGGGUACACCACCCUUCCAAACUCAGCCACAGAUGCAGACGCAAGCACAGUCCGCGAGCUUCGGUGCUCCAAACACAUUCUCUUCCGCUGGCACUGGUGCAGCGAACCCUUUCGCACAAAUGCUUGCCGCCCAAUCUCAUGCACAGGGACAGAUGCAGAUGCAGCAGCCGUUCCAAUCACAGCCUUUUGCACCACAACAAAAUCCGUUUCCACAACCCACCCCAACAUUCUUGCAACAGCAGCCAACGUCAUUCCAGCCACAGCCUACAGCGUUCGCGCCGUCACCUCAGCCCUUUGCGCCGCAGUCUCAGGCGAACCCAUUCUACACGGCUGGCCAACCGAUGCUCGCCCAAUCUCAGGCGCCGUUCCGAACUACUCCGUCGCCAUAUGGCGGAAUGGGUGUUGGAACGCAGUUUCAACCACAACAGUCUCAGCCACAGCAGAUGUUCGCGGCGCAAGGUAUGCAGCAACAAUCUCCCAUGCCCAUGCAGGGCACGAAUCCGUUCACGGGGUGGAUGCAGCAGGCGGCGCCAGCGCAAGGGGGGUUCACGGGACAGAAUGGACCCUGGGGCUCUAUGUAA